AUGGAUCUCUCUCUAAUAAAGCCUACCAAAUCAAGAAGAAAUGGCUCCAAGAAACCGAAAAAACAGAUCAGCAUAUCAAAGGAUACAUUGAAGGGAAAACAGCUGGUUUUUCAUUCCCGUAAUACUAACAAUGUGCUAAGACCUACUGCAAAUCAUAAUCGACUCUUCAAACCAACCAAAUCGACAAGUCCCGACUCCACGAACUCAUUCAAAUAUAAGCAGAUCAAAGAUAAAAAAGGGAGUUCCGCGGUUACUGUCAUAAACUCAUCAUCUUUACUUCCCGACUCUGAUAACAGAGGAUUUCUGACGAAUCAAGUCUCUGCCCAUGUUACCAAAAGGAACAGUUGGUGCCAUGCCCAUCAGUUUGCAUUUACUACCAACGACCUCACAGAUUGUCUACCAGCUACCAAUAUUUCAGUUAUAAACAGCCACAGUGCGAUUGCUACAAUAAAUAACCAGCGUACUCUAUUGGUGGUGCCCCGUCAUUACGAGCCAUGCGGUGCCAUUGCACGGCUGAAGAAGGACAAGGAGCCGCAUAUGGUGCGGCUGUUUGAUAAAGAGGGCACAAUUUCACUACUUGAGAAUGUUGAUAUUUACUUUAGAUGGAAAGUGUGGUGUAACUAG